AUUCAAAUUAUUUUGAUCAGACAGAUUAAUUUUUAGUAACAUUUUAAUUCCAGUGUAUGUGAAUGCAAGACGGUGGGUAAUUGUCGCCACAGUGCUGUUCCUCAACUUGUUCAUAUUAAACUCUCUAAAAAAGGAAAUGGUGAAUUAUAUCCCAUCAAUCCACAUGAAGCUUACCAAUCCAAAUACCACAAUGGCGGUGUUAUCAGAUGUUACCACAGAGGUUUCUACAUUGUCAAACACUGCUUCUGUAUCACCUAGCAUGACAAUCUACCAAAACGUAUCUAAAACAAAUUCAUUUUCUGGAAUGUAUGUGUGUCCAACAUUUAAGGGUAGACUUGGCAAUAAUUUAUUCCAGUUUGCGUCAGGAUUUGGAAUCGCUGUCUCCAUGGGUUUGAAAGUUGUGAUAGGAGAAAAUGACACAGUAUACAAGAUGUUUGAAAUGAAAAAUAGUAAAUACCUUUUGAUCAGUAAAGAGAAAGAAGAAUGUAUCAAUGCAAAAGCUCGAAUUGAGCGCCGUAUAUGUAUAUACGAUGACCGUCUAGUAAACUUAACACCAAAUGAAACAUUUAGAGUUGGAGAUUAUUUACAGUCAUGGAAAUAUUUUCAUAAUGAUUCAAGAGAAUUACGAGAACAGUUUAAAAUACGAGAUCAUUUAAAAAACAAAGUUGAUCAUAUUAUUAAUGGUAUCGUUGAGAAAUUCAACACAACUUGAAAAAAUGUGACAUUAAUUGCAAUCCACAUUAGACGAGGUGACAACUUAA